ACCGCCUGGGAAUUCACUUGUCUYAGGAAGAAUAGAAAGUAUGCAUAAUUGUACGAUCUAUGAGCUAGCUAACUAAACUGACUUUGACACUAUCUUCACGAUCAAACCGAACGAGAGAGAAACAGCUGUUAUCACUGGAAAAAGACGAUGGCAACACAACUGAGCGAGCGACAAGUAGAGGAGAUAACCGAUGGGUUUAGUCUUUAUGAUACUGUAGGGGAUGGAAAAGUCGACUCCCAUCUACUUGGAGAGGUUUUGAGGGCGCUGGGUCAAAAUCCAACCAACAUCGAAGUUGCUAAAGUCAUCAAGCAGCUUGAUCCUCAAGGCAAUCGUCGUGUYUCUAUUGACGAGUUUCUCCCGGUGUUUCAAUCCUUGAAGGCUAAAACAAGACCAUUUGGUUCUGAAGAUUUUAUUGAUAGCCUGAAGGUGUUUGAUAAUGAUGGUUCUGGAAUGAUAAGUGCGGGAGAAUUGAGGCAUGUCCUGACUAGUAUUGGCGAAAAGUUGAGUGACGAAGAAGUUGAUGCUUUAUUUCAAGCUAUAGAGUACAACCAGGGACAAGUCAAUUAUGAAGAUUUCAUUAAACUUGUGCUGAAUUCGUAGUUUGAAGACUCAAGAGCCCUCGAAAAUGUGCGAGACUUGGCCGAUGGUUUACUCAGAGAGACACCUCACUGUUAAACACAGCUGGGUGAUCACAACUGUUUUUAUGUUAAUCAUCAAUUAGUUUUAAAUUAGUUUUAUACUUAAAAGAAAAACUAAAAAUCGUCACAAACGUAUUUGUCAGUCAGUCUAGUGUUUGUCAGUUUUGCACUGAURCGACAGUAAUUAUUCACACCAACAUAACAUAAAGCAAUCAAACACUAAUCUAACAUAAAUUUGAAGCUAUUGAAUAUUAACGCAGAAGAUAGCUAGGUUAAUCUGUACGUAUUCGGUAGUGCUCUGUUUUCGACCUGUUUUAUUAAAAAGUAUUACUAGUAAUAGAGUAGGCCCUUGGUUAUCGAAUUCUGUGRUGGAUCACGUGAUAUUUGUAGACAAAUGUUUAGUAUUCUGUAUCUACAAGUUCUAGCUUAGUUAACGUUCCCAAUAAAUAUGACUGUUUGUACACUGUUA